ACAAGAAGAUUCCUCUUGCCCCUAAUUGAUCUGCUGAAGGCAGACAAGUUCGAAGACUGCAUGCUAUUUAAGAAUAGAAUAGCUUCUACUCCACCAAACAAGAGAUACCAUUACCAUUAUCAUGCAUGACCAGCAGGGAUUGGAAUUUUAUAUUAGCAACCUGCACAGAUGCCCUUUUAUAGAAUCCACGUGGUUGCCAAGUUAAAAAUUGAGGGAUGAGUUGGAAGCUGGGUGCAUGGGAAGCAUUGCCAGACAAUAGCAAGGAAGCAGAGAUCCAAAUCAAGAUGAUUUAAUUGCAUACUCAUUAGGUGACAUUUGAGGGAAAAGAUAUUUUACUUGUCUCCCUUAACUCGUGUGCUAUAUGCCUAUAUAUGAAGCAAAAGCCAACCACUAUAACUCAAGCUCUGAACAAUAUAUCUUAUUACCCUCUAACCCUCUUGUUUUCUUAGAAGAGAACAUGGCAACCAUUGAAACAAACACAAAGAGCUCUCUGCAUACUCGCUGCAACAGUUUGCCUUCUGCAGCUCACCCAUUUGUAUCACAAUUUGAGGAGCAUUUGCAAAGACUGAAGGGUUCUGAAGCCACCUCUUCAUUUUCAUCAUCUUCAGUAAGCCAAAAAAUUAGUGGCAUACAGGAUUUGCAUGACUGCAUUGAUAAACUGCUGCAAUUGCCAAUCAAACAACAAACCUUAGCACUGGAGUGCAAUGAAAAAUGGUUUGAUAACCUACUAGAAGGGUCUCUGAGGCUCUUGGACAUCUGCAGUAUAACUAGAGAUUGCCUACUGCAAUCAAAGGAAAGCAUGCACAAGCUUCAGUCAGUCAUUCGACGAAGGAGAGGAGAUGUAACUGGAUUCACAGUUGAUGGUGAAAUAUACUUGGCUUCAAGGAAGAAGAUGAAGAAGGAAAUUCAAAAUGCCUUGAAGAAUUUGAAAGGAAUAAAACAUGAGCUCAUAGCUUCUUCCUCAAACAAAGACAACAACACUUCACCAAUGCUUAGCUUCUUAAAAGAAGCAGAAGCAAUCACCCUGAACUCACUAGAACAUUUGUUCCUGUUUAUAUCUGACCCAAAAGGACACUCAAAACAGAGCAGAUGGUCAGUAAUAUCCAAGUUGAUGCAGACUAAAAGAGCUACUUGUGACUCUCAAGAUUCAAACACUAAUGAAUUUGAAAAGGUGGAUGCAGCUUUGCAGUCUCUCAUCAGUCGCCAGUCUUCAUCUAUUGAAAAUUUUCAGACCCAUAUGGAAAAUUUGGAGAUGUGCAUUCAGGAUCUAGAAACAGGAAUUGAGCAGCUCUCAAGAAAACUAAUUAGAAACAGAGUUUUCCUUCUCAACAUCUUCAACCAUUAAUCCUAGAAUAUCUACACAAUUUUUGUGCACUCAAUUUUCCCCCAUGAUUGUCACAAAAUUGUAUAUGAAUGUAACCAAUUUUACUUUCUUUUUUUUUACUGAAUAUAUAUUAUCCAAGGACCAAACUAUAGUUACUUCAAAAUCUGUCUCUUUUGCGUUCCUGUGUACCCUCAAAUCUCAUCUUUCUAUUUCAAUUUUUCUUCAAAUAUUAACCACUAAAAUAAGUGAAAGGAAAGAGGAGGUAAAUUAUAAACAAACAUAUUCACUUCCAUCACUUCCAGACUUACAAAGAAGAAAAGCACCUGCUUAAUAACUUUUUUUCUUUUUUACUUAAAUCGACAAUUCUAAAAUUAAAUGUGUUAUAAUACGUUUUAGAUUUGGCAUUUCUAAACAUGUUAUAUGUAUAACUGCAGUGUUAUGAAUCCUGUAUAUAAUCAUGUUUUACUUUUCCAGUUUUCCUUUCUGCACAAGAAAGAAAAAAAGAUGAAGGAGAAGGAGGAGUAAAAUAUAAUAAUUUGUAACCUCUUCAAAUCAAGUACUGAGCCCACAUUAAUUGAAAGUCAAUUUGAAUACAUAUCCUAGCUGUCGCUCUAAAAACUGCCAUUAGGUUGAUGAUUAAAUCAAAACUUAGGGCCUGUACUUAUUCUCAAGACAACAUAUGAAGCCAUCAUGCACUUAUAUAUUAAUAUUGAUUAACUAAUAGAUGUUAAGUCGGAGACACUGCAAAAUACAGCGUUCUACAUGUGACCAUUGUAUAAAUACCUGAACAGAAGAUUCCUCUUACCCUGAAGACAGACAAGUUCACUGACUUAAUGCUAUUAAAGAAGAGAAUAGCUUCUCCUCCUACAGACAAGAGAUCCCGUUACAAUGCAAACUUUGCAGAGUUUCAAUUUUUAAAUCAU